AUGAAUAUUGUUGACAAGACUGCAAGUUUUGUUGCAAGAAAUGGACCUGAAUUUGAAGCUAGAAUCCAACAGAAUGAGAUCAACAACCCAAAGUUCAAUUUCCUUGGUAGUGGAGAUCCAUAUCAUGCAUAUUAUGAGCACAAGGUCAAGGAAUUCAAGGAGGGCAAAGGAAGUGAGCCUGCUGCUCCCCAAGUUCCUGGUGGAGCAAAAGCAAUAUCAAGCAAGCAACAGGCUGAAAUCUUGCUGAGAGUGGAACCAAUCUUUGUCCCUAAGGAUCCCCCACCUGAGUAUGAAUUCAUUGCAGAUGUUCCAUCAAUCUCUGGCUUUGACCUGAAUGUGGUGAGACUGACAUCACAGUUUGUUGCUCGCAAUGGUCGGCAGUUUCUAACUAACCUGAUGAAUCGAGAGUCCAGAAAUUAUCAGUUUGACUUUCUCCGACCACAGCAUUCUCUCUUUCAGUAUUUCACUCGACUCCUUGAGCAGUAUACUAAGAUCUUGAUCCCACCAAAGGACUUGAUGAAACGUCUUCGUGAAGAGUCCCAGGAUGUCAAAAGUAUACUGGAGCAAGUGAAGUAUCGUGCUGAAUGGAUCAAGUAUCAAGAGGCACAGAAAAACAAAGCUGAGCAAGAGUUGGAGAGAGAAAGAGUUGCAUACGCUCAGAUCGAUUGGCAUGACUUUGUGGUUGUGGAGACUGUUGACUAUCAGCCAUGGGAAACAGGAACCUUUCCAGCUCCUACAACUCCUGAAGAGGUUGGCUCACGAGUUCUUCUGCAGGAGCGGAUUGCUGUUGGAGACUUGGAGGUAGACUUACAUGGGGAAUCAGAGGAAGCACAUGCUGCUGCUGAGGAGGGAGAAGAGGUUGAUAUGCAAAUAGAGUCUGAAGGUGAAGAGGAACCAGAGGCAAGACCACCAGAGAGAGGGAGGCAGCCUGCUCCACCUGGAGGAGAUGAUAUGGAAGAAUCAGAUGAGGAAGAUUCAGGCCAGCCAACUCUUGGUCGUUCCUCAACUGGUCUACAACUUCCUCCUCCUCCACCUUUGCCAGAUAAAGUUGUCAUCAAGAAGAAUUAUGAUCCUAAAGCAAAGCAGAUGUCAGAGAGAGCUGGGGAGACAUAUUUAGUGUCUCCUUUGACUGGAGAAAGAAUCCCUGCAUCCAAAGUACAAGAGCACAUGCGGAUAGGUCUCCUUGAUCCUCGCUGGUUGGAAGAGAGAGAUCGCAUGGUCCAGGAGAAGGUGAAUCAAGAAUCUGUGUUUGCUCCUGGUGUUGCAAUUGAGAGCAGUCUCAAACAGCUCGCUGAGCGCCGUACUGACAUUUUCGGUGUUGGUGAUGAGGAAACGCAAAUUGGUAAGAAAAUAGGAGAGGAGGAAACCAAGAAGGAUGACCGGGUCAUUUGGGAUGGUCACACGGGGAGUAUGGAACAGGCAACGCGAGCAGCCCGAGCAAACAUUAGUAUUGAGGAGCAGAUAGCUCAGAUUCACAAAUCGAAGGGUCUUGUACAAGAUGAGACCAAGGAGAGGAUUGGACCACAGCCAUCAUCACAGGCUGAUGAAAGGCCUCAAGUCCCCAAACCAAUGGAAGCAACUGCUCCACCUAUGCCAACCCCUGGCAUGGGAUCAUCGGUGACCAUCUCUGCACCCCCUCAGCCAGCUCAGCCACGUCCAUCUGUUGUCACUACUCCUAUUGUGACAAUAGGAGCACCAAAGCCCAUGUCUGCAGUGGCUCCAGCUCCACCUGUCCCUCAUAUUCAGAUGGCUGCUAUGCCUAUUCAUCAUGGAACCCUCAUGCCUCCUCAGGGCAUCAUGAUGAUGCCUCAUAUGGGCCAUCAGUUACAACCUGUUGUUGGAUUUGCUCCUGGUCAUCCUAUGGCAACCCAGAUGACAGGUUAUGCCCCUGGCCUUGCCCCACCCCAUUCUCAAUCUGUGGGAGGAAUGCCUGGACCACCAGCACCAGCUCCUCCAUCCACUGUGACCGAGCAGGUUCCUCAGAUGGAGGAUGAAGGACCACCAUCAAAGAAGCAACGCACUGAAGAGUCACUCAUUCCAGAACAUGAAUUCUUUGCCAUGAAUCCUGGUCCAGUGACAUUUAGUGUGCAGACUCCAGUAGUUUCUGACAAGCAAGAGUGGCGGCUCCAUGGUCAGGUGAUAACAAUCACCCUGCCUCCCAAUGACACUAUCUCAGUCAUUAAGGCAAAGCUUCAUGAAGAAACAGGGCUUCCUCCUGGCAAGCAGAAGCUUCAGUGGGAGGGACUCUUCUUCAAAGAUUCCAACACACUGGCCUUCUACAAUAUCAGUACUGGCUCCUUGAUCAACCUGCAGUUGAAGGAGAGAGGUGGCAGAAAGAAAUGGACUGUUGUGUCAGUGGCUCUUAUCUCUCAGAUUGUACUCAUCACAUCAGCUGUAGCAUUGAGUGGGGGAACUUCUGGCAGCAGUAGUAGUAGUGCACCUGCAGGGACUCAGAAUCAUUCUGAUGAAUGCUUUGAUAUCUCCUGUGGAAGAGUGUUUGAUCCACGUUCGCCACUUGUGAACUGCUCCUACCUCCCCUUUGAAUUCCUGGACUGUGAUGAACCAGAAGACCUGCAUGGCAACGACACAUUGAAAGAAGAGUUGGGUUAUGGUUGUGUGAAGUUUGGUGGUUAUCGCUUUGAGGAGGUAGAACACACAUCUGUGCGCUGCAGGGUUCUGCCUGAUAUUGAAUGCUAUGGGGAGAGGGACUUCCGGCGUGAAGGCUUCCCCUGCAUCAAGUACAACGGGCAGUAUUUCACGACGACAUUGAUCUACAGUAUUUUGCUGGGCUUCCUGGGCAUGGACCGGUUUUGCCUUGGACAGACAGGCACUGCUGUUGGGAAGCUCUUGACUCUUGGUGGUGCUGGGAUCUGGUGGAUUGUUGACAUUGUGCUUUUGAUCAUUGGAAAACUCAGGCCUGAGGAUGGGAGCAACUGGGACUUGGAGCAGUAUAGGACUACAGUGAAGGAUGAAAUUGGAGAAUGGGCUAAUGCACUCAAAGCCCAUGGGAUUUCUGAGUAUUUGAUCGUGAGUGUAGAGAGUGUUGAUGCAAAGAAAGGAAAUAAACUGCUACCUCGAGCCACAGUUAUAGACAAGAUUAGGAGUGAUUACUCACAUAAGCAAGUUGACCGAUGCAUCUCAGUACAUGAUCCCUUCAAGGGAGACUCCAGAGCAUCAGAGUCAUGGCAUAUGCUUCUUGCUCGACUCAGGCAUCUGGUGCUUUCAGCCUACAACAAGUCGCUGAGUCGAUAUGAAGAGGAAAUGAGAGCAAGAAGAGAGAGGCGAACUGAGGUCAGCUGGGACUUCUGCUCAUACUUUGCAUUUCAAGAAGAGCUAGCAUUUGUCUAUGAGUUACUGGGGCUUUAUGAAGAUGCUCUAGUUCAGUAUGAUGAGCUGGAUGCUCUAUUCUCCCAGUUCAUCAUCAAUGUCAAUGUGGGAGUCAUGGAGAUCUUGGAUGUUUGCUCCAAGUUCCAGGAUGCAACUCAAGUUGAGGCAUAUUCUCGCCAUACUGCCCCUCUUCAGGAGUUUGCUAGGACCCAGCUUUAUGGUUUGGGAGACCUCUGUGGUUUGAUGCCAGACCAGAAACCAACCAGAUCUCAGCUUCAUUUGGUUGUCAGUCUUGUUGGUGGCCUUUGUGAGAGUGUUGAAUCCUCUAAGCCUCUUCUGAAACUCAAAGAGGCUAUCUCUUCAUCUGACCUCUUCCGCAAGCAUUACCUGGAACUCUGUGAACUUGCCAUGGGGACCUUCAAGCAUAUAGGACAUAUGAGGACAGCUCGAUUACUCGGUCGUGAUAUAUCCACCUUCUAUCUGAAGCUUGAUGAGCCUCACAAGGCCUUAAGCUUCCUCCUUGAUGGCCUUAAAAUGUACUCUGAAGAGGACUGGCCUACUUUGCGCUGUCAGACAUUGGAAGACAUUGCACAGUGCUGCAUAGUACUGCAGGAUUGGGACAGGUAUGUGAAAACCUGCCUGCAGCUGUCCAGUUGUGCCACUCUUCCAAUACCAGUUCGAUCCAAGUACUUCCAUGAAUCACAGGUCAAGAUGGAUAGUGUAAGUGGAGAUGCCACUGUGCUAUCAUGUGAUGGGGUCAUCAGUGUGGAUUCCAUGAGAAUAUGUGGAAGCUCCAGUGGAUUGACGACAAACUCUGAGAUUAAAGUGGAAGUUCGGGUUCGAAGCCAUUUGAGUGAUCCAAUUGAUUGUGAGAAAGUAGAACUCUUGCUGAAACAUGAACGUGUUGAGGCAACUGAGGGAACUCCUAAGAGCAGUGGGAAGCCACGAAUGAGACUUGCCUCCAAGGCCUCUAUGAAUGUUCCAAACUCCUUGGGAAGUGGUUCAGACAACGAACACAGCAGUUCUCUUUCCAGCUCUUCAGGUCCAGGUGUCACAUCUACCAAUGUAGGAUCGUUGGUUCUUGACAUGGUUGAGUCCAUCGAAUACAAGUUGGACCGCAGCAUCAGCGUAGCUGCAAUAGGAUGCCAAAGCUCGCACAAAGUCCUCCUCAGGAGGAAGGACAGUAGCCAUCAUUCCAUCCAUAAAGACCCAAUCCUGAUGAAACCAGAACCUGGCUUUGCUCCCCUUUCUGAAUCUGAUGUCACUCUCAACCCUGGGCAGAAUCUCUUCAUUCUGUCAGCCAAGACAGGCCUACCAGGUCACUACAAAGGAGUUCAGUUGUGCCUAAGACAUAAUCGUCUGUGCCUGGUCUACUCAAAUCUUGAGCGACCACUGGUGACUUAUGAGGUCACUGAUGAACUCCCAUGCAUCAUCCUCAGCAAAGGUACUCGAGACACCUUAGCAGGGAUUCCUCAAGAGAUCACCCUAAAUGUGAAGAGUGGGAGUCGACACAUUUCCAAGGGGGAAGAAAUUAUUUUGAAGUGCUCACGAGGAUUAUACGUAUGGAGGGAUGAUGACUGCAAAGAAGAUGACUUUAAGGAAUUGAAGAUUGCAUGCCCACAGAUGGCUCCUUUUCAGACUGCUGUGAUCGCAUUAACUGCCUUGGCAGAACUUGUUGCUCAAAAGGACAAUACGCUAAUUGAACACAAGGUAACAAUAUCUUGGGUGCAUGGAACAGAGGCUUUUCCUAUCCAUUUCCUGCCUCCAUUUAUGACCACGUGGAAGUUGCAGAGCGCACAUGUGAAAAAGUUCAUUCAAGUCACAAUGCAUGGCCUCAGUCCCCAUCGUUUCCUCCUCUCCAACCAUCAGCUCCAGGCACAGAAAGUCAAGCUGGUGCCUCUCAAUCCUUCUGAUCAUCAGCUGGUUGUGAAUACAGAGCAGAAUGGCUACUAUGUAUGGGAGCUGAGUGUUGCUGAGGAUGAAAUGCCAUCUCCAUUGAAACUCCACUUUUCCAUUGCAUAUCAGAGUCUGGAAGCCUCUCCCCAUGUCUCCACCAGCAGUAGAACCUACAAAUACUCAUUUGAAAUUCACGAUUACCAGACUCUUUAUGCAGUGAAGGGGAGGGUGAUGCCUGGGAAGGGCUCAGAGUUUUGCCGUGUAGGCACCUUGUGUCCUAUGCAUAUCGAGGUGAAGAAGGUCUCAGACUCCCUUCACACAUCUCUCAUGUAUGAGGUGCUUGGUGAUCAGACUACAUGGGCCAUCUCUGGUCGUGCUGCUGAUGUUAUAACACUAAAUGGAUGCAAGGAACACUCAGUUGUGCUUGAUGUCAUGCCACUCACUUCUGGUUUCCUUCCCCUUCCCUCUAUUCGCCUCUCCAAGUACAUCCCUGCUGGCACCUCUUCUGGCAAGUUUUAA